AUGUCUCUUUCCUCUCGUUCUUCACGUCACUCCCAGGCCCCGGGCUCAGCUCCCAGUACUAGAGCCGAAAGACUGGUCGGCGGCCUACGUCUUUUCAACGAAUCGGACAGAACCGACGUGACACCGCCUCCUCAGUCAGGCGUUACCCCUGAGACUCCAACAUUCCGAGCAGUAGCUGCGGCGAUCAAUUUGGGACUCAGCAUGCUCGAAACACCACUUGGAACUGCUAGGCUCAUUGACAUUGGUCGCGCAGUAUUGAGAGGUCAUCGCCAGUUUGAUAACAUCUACGAGGAUAGGCCCGAGAACAUGGGAUGGUGGGUUGGCUUGUUCUUGGCUCGUCUACGCUCAAGCUUCCCGACGGUUGUCAUGACCAACCAUAUUGGUGGCGAAGGUCAAGUUCAGCGAGCCAACUGGGCCCGGGACGGGUCACGUAUGAGGCAGUGGGACCCUAGUCUCGCCGGCGUACUUCGGCUCAACAAGAUCAUUAUUGAGAAUAUGGUCCAUGCCGGGAACAAUGCCACGCAAACGCGUAGCCAGCCGGAAAUGGAGGCUUUUGAAACUUUUAUGUUCUUGAUGGGAGUCACUGUUGCCCACGAGAUGCUUCAUCUGUUCAUUGGGUUCCUUGUUGGGUACAUCACACCAAGCACGCCACCGACUAUCACGUUCUUGCCAGAGCUUUACAACUCGGUGUUAGCGGAUGGUUCCGAAGUAGGAGAGUCCGGGAGGGCUUGGGAGGGCUUGGUAUUCGGAGGAACCGUUGAUGCUUUCGAGAGCAGGUCUAGCCCUCUGGGAACUCGGCAGUCCGGGAUACUGUACGUCAUUGACGGCAACCAAAGAGCGCGCUUGCUCCACCAUGGCUGUGUUAGGCGCAGCUUGGACUUCAGUAAGCUAUUCCUGAGUUGUGCGCUCGUCCAUGUACAUGCUGACCUUCUCAAAGACUUUGAUUUUCCCCUCCAAGUCACUGGACCCACAAUGCGUUUGACUCAACUCGAUGCACAAAGGCGAACCAUGAAGCAGGUUCGUUCCUCAGUUCUCCCUCCGGCGCUUCGUCCGAGUCAAAACCGGGCCUCUGCAACAGUAGGUCUUGGGGAGAUCCAACGGUAUAGACAGAGACAUGCCUAUACAUACCAGGGCAGGCCAUUCGAGAAUCUUCGCACCAUUCCUUUACGACCAGCUUCGCUCUUUGCAUCAGCUUAG